ACUGCGUAGCGGAGGCCAUGUUAAAGUUUAGUGAAGACUGGACGUGAUUCUCUGACGCCCUGUGUUUCUGCGUUCGUUUACGACAGUUUUAUAAUAUCGGCGUUUUUAAAACAAUCCGAUCCUAGGGAUCGGGCUUCGGAUGAUGAAUACCAGUCUGGACUUGUCUCGACGGAACCCGCAAGAAGAUUUUGAGCUCAUUCAGAGAAUCGGGAGUGGAACGUAUGGAGAUGUGUACAAGGCUCGAAAUGUCAGCACAGGAGAGCUGGCCGCCAUUAAAGUCAUCAAGCUGGAGCCAGGUGAGGACUUUGCCGUGGUGCAGCAGGAGAUUAUCAUGAUGAAGGACUGCAAGCACUCCAACAUUGUGGCCUACUUUGGCAGCUAUCUCAGGAGGGAAAAAUUAUGGAUCUGCAUGGAGCAUUGUGGAGGAGGAUCCCUACAGGAUAUUUACCAUGUGACGGGGCCUUUGUUAGAAUCCCAAAUUGCUUACGUGUGUCGGGAAACCCUACAGGGGUUGUACUAUCUCCACAACAAGGGCAAAAUGCACAGGGACAUAAAGGGAGCAAAUAUCCUGUUAACAGACAAUGGAUAUGUGAAACUAGCUGACUUUGGGGUCUCGGCCCAGAUCUCGGCCACCCUGGCCAAGAGGAAGUCUUUCAUCGGCACGCCCUACUGGAUGGCUCCAGAGGUGGCCGCUGUGGAGAGGAAAGGGGGUUAUAAUCAGCUGUGUGAUAUCUGGGCUGUGGGGAUCACCGCCAUCGAACUGGCUGAGCUGCAGCCUCCCAUGUUCGAGCUGCACCCAAUGAGGGCUCUGUUCCUGAUGAGUAAGAGCAAUUUUGUACCACCCAAACUGAAGGAUAAAGUGAAAUGGACCAAUAAUUUCCACCACUUUGUCAAAGUGGCCCUCACUAAAAACCCCAAGAAGCGUCCCACGGCGGAGAAAAUACUGCAGCACCCCUUCGUUUCCCAGCCUUUGAGCCGCACACUGGCCAUCGAGCUUCUGGACAAGGCCAGCAACCCAGACCACACUCCCUACAGCGACCAGGAGGACGACGACCCUGAGCCAGAGUCGCCUGUGUCAGUCCCUCAUCGGAUUCGCUCAACCAGCCGCAGCACUCGGGAGGGGAAAACUCUGUCAGAGAUCAACUUCGAUCAGGUGAAGUUUGACCCCCCCAUGAGAAAGGAGACGGAGCCCCAUCACGAAGCGGAUCUGGAGUACAACCAAGAUUCCCCAGGCCUGCUUGGUGGAAACAAGAGUCUGUUGAAGUCGGUGGAGGAGGAGUUACAGCAGAGGGGUCAUGUAACACACUUAGAGACUGGGGAGGAUGAUGAUGGUGAUGGUGAUGAUGAUGAGGAAGCCCCGCACACUACAAACACUACAAUAAAGAGACCCAAAGUGCCCCCACCACUUCCCCCUAAGCCCAAGUCUCUGUGUGCAACUCCGAAUCAUAAUGGGCCGAUCGACGAGGAGGGCGGCAGCGACGGCACCAUCAAGCGCUGCCCCCCAGUGUCCCCCUGCCCCACGCCCCCUUCUCGGCCCGCGCCCUGCGUGCCCCCCCGACCCCCGCCUCCGCGCCUGCCCCCGCACCGCCGCAGCAGCCUAGGUAAAGUGGCGUCCGACAGCAGGGAGAGCGCUCCGACUAAGACACGCGUGGGCGCCGAGCGAGGGGGAGACGAGGACACGUUUAGCUUUUGGCAGUGGCUGCAUGCUGAGGAGCAGGAGCAGGAGCAGGAGGAUGAGGAUGAGGAGCAGAGAGUGGUGAAGGAGGUGGUGGUGGUGGAGGAGGAGGAUAAGGAGGUGGAGGAGGAAGAAGACCGUAAUGGAGUCAGCCCCUCCCAACAGAAUGGAGAAAAAGAGAGGCAGUCUACCCUGCCAACUAUUCCCCUCAGAAGAGAAAAGAAAGAUGUUCCGAAACCCAUCUGUAAUGGCUUGCCCCCGACUCCUAAAGUCCAUAUGGGAGCAUGCUUCUCAAAGGUGUUCAAUGGCUGCCCUCUGAAAAUCCACUGCGCCGGUUCCUGGAUAAAUCCGGACACGAGGGAUGAGUAUUUGAUCUUCGGAGCGGAGGAAGGGAUCUACACCCUGAACUUGAACGAGCUGCAUGAGAGCUGCAUGGAGCAGUUGUUUCCACGGCGAUGCACAUGGCUGUAUGUUAUGAACAACUGUCUGCUGUCCAUAUCUGGCAAAGCCUCUCAGCUCUACUGCCAUAACUUGUCUGGUCUGUUUGAGCAAGCUCGGCAGAUGCAGAAGCUGCCUGUUGCCAUACCAACACAUAAAAUCCCAGACAAAAUCAUUCCAAGGAAAUUUACUGUGUCCAACAAGAUUCCAGACACGAAAGGGUGCCAGAAAUGCUGUGUAGUGAGGAACCCCUACACGGGUCAUAAGUACCUGUGCGGAGCCUUCCAGUCGAGUGUGAUACUGCUGGAGUGGGUGGAACCCAUGCAGAGGUUCAUGCUCAUCAAGAGUAUUGAGUUUACAUUGCCAUGUCCACUGGAGGUAUUUGAGAUGCUGGUGGUGCCCGACUACCAGUACCCACUCAUCUGCCUGGCGGUCAGCAAGGGCAGCGUACCUGACCAGGUGGUGACCUUUGGCACUAUCAACCCCAGCCUGACCACACCCACCUUCACUGAGUCAAAUACGCCACAGACCUGCGUCAUCCAUGUCACCCAGCUAGAGAGGGACACCAUCUUAGUCUGUCUGGACCGCUGUAUAAAGAUGGUGAAUUUAGAAGGCAGACUGAAGUCCAAUAGAAAGCUGUCGGCAGAGCUCACCUUUAACUUCCAGAUUGAGGCAAUAGUGUGUCUUCAGGACAGCGUUUUGGCUUUUUGGAGGCAUGGAAUGCAGGGUCGGAGUUUCAAGUCAAACGAGAUCACUCAGGAGAUCUCCGACAGCACUCGCAUCUUCAGACUGCUGGGGUCUGACAGGACGGUGAUCUUGGAGAGCCGACCCACAGACAACCCCACGGCUCACAGUAACCUGUACAUACUUGCUGGCCAUGAGAACAGCUACUGACCCCCUCACCUCACCCCACCCCAGCCCACCUCACCAACGGGACACUCUCCGUUAUCCCCAGCCAGCCUACUGAG